GCCGAGGGAAGAUGGAUCCAGACCCCAAAGGACGUUCACCACAAAGGGAAAGGCUCACGGUGCCCAGCGGGGCCUGGGAGCACUGGGCUGGAAGAACAGCAUUCUCGGACCGCGGGGAAUGUGCCGCCGGACCCCACAGCCAAUCAGCAACCUCGGCCUUUCUGCCCUCGAGGGGGGCGGACCCGGGUAAAACCCUGCUGUGGUGGGAGAGGUGCACAAAUUAGGGGUCAAGUAGUUUGUCCUCCAUCUCAAACCAUUGCCCCCCUGGGCCCAAAUACCAAGUAGGAUCCCAGAAUUGGAGGAGGGAGUGGAUUGCAGAUCACCCGUUUAAUCGGCUUCAUUUGCAACCUAGAGGAGCAGGGGUUGAGAUUGGAAUGCUGUCUUUUGGAAUGAUUCCUGCAUCCAUAGUCCCAGGUCUAUGGCACAUCCCACUUGACUAGCCACGUAUGAGGCUUUUUAGGAGUUUGCAGAUUAUAAAAACAGCUGAGAUGAGAUUACCAUUGGCUUUUAAAUAAAUCUGUAUUCUAUAGAGAGAGGGGGUGGGGCAUAGAAAGGUCAAAUUAUGGUCUACAAUCCAGUCAUUUGUUUACUCAAAGAGUACUAAGUUUUUGUUUUUUGUUUUGUGUGUGUGUGUGUUUGUGUGUGUGUGUUUGCGUGUGUAUGCGCGCGUGCGUGCGCCAAACAUUGUCAGGUCCUGGAGAUGCAAGAACUGAUUUUAUAAACGUUAUUCGUGCCCUCGGUACAUGAAGAAGCCAGCUUGCAUGGUAGCCUGUAUCUUAUCUCCCUUCCUAAUUCAAAUGUUGACCCUCUGUUCUCCUCAGGUCCAGCCUGCGGGGUGCCCACAAUGCCCCAGGCUUCUGAGCACCGCCUGGGCCGUACUCGAGAGCCACCUGUCAAUGUACAGCCCCGAGUGGGAGCCAAGAUACCAUUUCCUCCCCGGGCCCGCAGCAAGGAGUGCCGAAACCCAGUUCCUGGGCCAAACUCUAUAUUACGACCUUUGCCUCCCAGGCCAGGUCCCCCAGACGAAAGGCUCAAGAAACUGGAGCUGGGUCGGGGUCGGACCUCAGGCUCUCAUCCUAGAGGUCCCCUUCGAGCAGAUCAUGGGGUUCCCUUGCCUGGCUCACCGCCCCCAACUGUGGCUCUGCCUCUCCCAUCCCGGACCAACUUAGCCCGUUCCAAGUCUGUGAGCAGUGGGGACUUGCGUCCAUUGGGGAUUGCCUUGGGAGGGCACCGUGGCGCUGCUGAGCUAGGGUCUGCACUGAGCCGCUUGGCACUCCGGCCUGAGCCACCCACUUUGAGACGUAGUACUUCUCUCCGGCGUCUUGGGGGCUUCCCUGGCCCCCCUACCCUGCUCAGCAUACGGACAGAGCCCCCUACUUCCCAUGGCUCCUUCCACAUGAUAGCUGCCCGGCCUUCUGAGCCUUUCUACUCUGAUGACAAGAUGGCUCACCACACACUGCUUCUGGGCUCUGGUCAUGUUGGCCUCCGAAAUCUAGGAAAUACAUGCUUCCUGAACGCCGUUCUACAGUGUCUGAGCAGCACAAGGCCUCUUCGAGACUUUUGUCUGCGAAGGGACUUCCGGCAAGAGGUGCCUAGAGGAGGCAGAGCCCAGGAACUCACAGAAGCCUUUGCAGAUGUGAUUGGUGCCCUCUGGCACCCUGACUCCUGUGAAGCUGUGAAUCCUACCCGAUUCCGGGCUGUCUUCCAGAAAUACGUCCCUUCCUUCUCUGGAUACAGCCAGCAGGAUGCCCAAGAGUUCCUGAAGCUCCUCAUGGAGCGGUUGCACCUUGAAAUCAACCGGCGAGGCCACCGGGCACCACCAAUCCUGGCCAGUGGUCCAGUUCCUUCUCCACCUCGCCGAGGAGGGGCUUUGCAUGAAGAACCCGAAUUGAGUGAUGACGACCGAGCCAACUUAAUGUGGAAGCGCUACCUGGAGCGAGAAGACAGCAAGAUUGUGGACCUGUUUGUGGGCCAGUUGAAAAGCUGCCUCAAGUGCCAGGCCUGUGGGUAUCGCUCCACGACCUUCGAGGUUUUUUGUGACCUGUCCCUGCCCAUCCCCAAGAAAGGAUUUGCUGGGGGCAAAGUGUCUUUGCGGGAUUGCUUCAGCCUUUUCACCAAGGAGGAAGAGCUAGAGUCGGAGAAUGCCCCAGUGUGUGACCGAUGUCGGCAGAAAACUCGAAGUACCAAAAAGUUGACAGUACAAAGAUUCCCCCGAAUCCUCGUGCUCCAUCUGAACCGAUUUUCCACCUCCCGAGGCUCCAUCAAGAAAAGUUCAGUAGGUGUAGACUUCCCACUGCAGCGACUAAGCCUAGGGGACUUUGCCAGUGACAAAGCGGGAAGCCCUGUCUACCAGCUGUAUGCCCUUUGCAACCACUCGGGUAGUGUCCACUAUGGCCACUACACAGCCCUGUGCCGGUGCCAGACUGGUUGGCAUGUCUACAAUGACUCCCGCGUCUCCCCUGUCAGUGAAAAUCAGGUGGCAUCCAGUGAGGGCUACGUGCUGUUCUACCAGUUGAUGCAGGAACCACUUCGGUGCCUGUGACACCAUCUUGAAGCCCUGGCACCUGUGAAAAUCUUCUUAACAUCCUUAAGCCCCCAGGCUCCCCACUUACCUCACAGACGUCUAUUUUUGUGUCUUUUUAAUCGGGGAGGGAGGAGGGUUGGCUGUAGCUCCCGUUAUUUUUUAUUAAGAAGUACCCUUCCGCCUCGUUUUCCUGUCCCAUGUACAGAAACCACCAGGCCCUUGACCAUGUACAGCCCCCAGAACCUCUGCAGUCUCACUUUUUUUGUGAAUAAAUUUAUUAAGAAA